AUGCAUUUUCAAAACUUGUUUGUGGCGAAACUUCCCCGCAACCUGAACGAUUCGGACUUGGAGCAAAUCUUUGCGGAGUAUCGUCCUGUCAGCGCAAAGGUGAUGUUGGAUGCCUCUACAGGGAGGAGUAAAGGCUUUGGUUUUGUGCUCUUUAGAACCGAAGAAGAAGGGAAGAGGGUGUACGAGGGGAUGAAUAACCGUGAUGUGAUGAUUUACGGUCGUCAUUUUAAACUCUAUGUGUACCCCUCACAGCAUAGUGGAAGGGCCGCUGUCUCUCCAUCUAAUGCUCUGUACAUUCGCAACAUUCCCAUCACGGUUCCGCAGGCGCAGGUGGAGAGGUUUUUAUCGACCUUUGGCACCUUGGCUUUCUGCGCCAUGCGUGAGGACCAUUACGGUAACCCUGUAUGGGUUGUCUACGCCGAGUACGACUGCCUUGGCUGUUCCAAGAAUGCCCUCCAGAGGCUGCACGGCAGUUCAGAACACUUUUAUGGUCCUCCAGUGAUGGUCAAGUACGCUGACACGGAUGAAGCCAAACAAGAGCGUCGCCGCCGCCGCGAACAGGGUCAGUUGGCCCCGGCCCCGGUCCCCCGAAGCGCGUGCCCGUUCAUCCCAUUAAGUUAUUGGCGCCUAGGCCGAUGA